UAAAUGACAGAUAACUGUCAUAAAUCGAGUUUCUUUGUAGUAAUUAUUUCUUACUUGUUAAUUUUGAAAUAUUAACUAAAAAAUUGCAAAAAACAUAAAUAAUAUUUAGCACAAUGACUUCUAUACACUUUAUAGAAGAAAACAUAUGUUUGAUUUCUGGACUAGCAUGUGUUUUUUUGACCUUUUCAUACGUUGGUAGCUUAUACAUUUGGAGAUCUAAUUUAAGCAGAGACCAUCCAACUACUAUUAAAAGAAGAUUUCUUAGUGUAUGUUGUAUGAUGUUGCUAGCUCCUGUUUUUACUCACACACUAUUGAAAGAGGAAAUGCUGCAAAAGGGAGAUAUAUAUGAAUACAUGGGCUUUAGAAUGUCAGGGAUGAUAUCUGCUUUAUUUGUUCCUUUGAUUCUGACUGCCAUAUUAUUUUUGGGACCAUUAACAAUGCAUUUCAUAGCUGGUACCUGGAAAUUGUAUGCAGAGCCUAUGUAUUGGCUGUCGAGCUGGCAAGAUUUGGUUUGGUUGCGUAACCAUGUUAUGGCACCACUUAGUGAGGAGUGGGUAUUUAGGUCAUGUAUGAUGCCUCUUCUACUACAAUGUCUAGAGCCACUUACUGCUGUCUUUACUGGACCAUUUCUUUUUGGUAUUGCCCAUUUUCAUCACCUGCAUGAGAUGCUGGUAAAUGGAAGAUCAUUAAAGUCAGCACUAUUUAUAGCAUUGUUUCAAUUCUCAUUUACAACUGUGUUUGGUGCAUAUUCAGCUUAUCUGUUUUUAAGAACUGGUCAUUUCUUCGCCCCACUCGUUGCACACAUAUUCUGCAAUCAUCUCGGAUUCCCGAAUUUCAUUGAGGUAUUUCAUUUUCCGUUAUUGCAGCGACUUCUCAUUAUAUGUAACUUUUUCCUCGGUCUCUUCCUAUGGUGUUAUUUGCUCAUUCCUCUAACUGAUCCCUACAUUUAUGAUAAUAAGCUGCAACUGUUAACUUAAAUUUAAGUUUAUUUCCCGUGUUCCGUCGACUUUUUGUUCUGCCAAAUUCUUGGAUUGUGUUGAUAAUGUUUUACUCAUUAAAUUUACUAUAUUAAUUAUUUUUAAAAAUCAUAAUUUAUACUUUGAUAUGUAUUCGAGUUUUGAGUUAAAAAUUAUAUACAUAUAAAAUUUGUAUUAUGACUGGUGCAUAUUUAUGGUAACUAUAUCUAAGUCAAGUGAAUAUAUUAAUCAAUUCCAACUUUAGUGUUUAUGAAGUUGGUCUUUAUUCAUAUUUUUAUGUACUAUAUUUUGCAGUUGUAAUUGUGGAUAUGUUUUUUUUACAUUGAAAUUUUAUUUGACUGUAAAAUAUAUAUAUAUUUUUUAAAUAUUAGUUCAUGAAGUUCAUGGAUGCAAAGGUCAUAGUAAAUUGUGAUUAAACAUGCGAAAUAAAAAUAUCUGUUCUGAAUAUAUCCAUUGUACAACCAAACCCUGCGCUGCAUUGCUCAACUAAAUAAAUGCUCUAAAGCAUAAUUUUCCAAGCUUUAUCAAAUAUAUUAAAAUACACUGUCGUAUUGUUGGUAAGUUCUUGUGACUAUUUUAAUUAAUUAAAAUGUAUUAAGCAUUAAUUUAAUAAAUAAGUCAUCAGUUUAAUUUAACUAAUUUAACCUCAUACGCACAUAUGGAAUACUUGAUUAAGAUACUUAUUUAUAUUAGAUGCACUAAUAACCAUACUAUAGCCUAUUCUAAUCGAAGUAGGAGUAAAGAUAAACAAAUCCUAGAUUUACGUAUUUCAUGCGAUUUACUAAUAUAGCUAAGCUAUAUUGUGCACUACCGAGAGUUUUUGAUUAAUA